AGUCUGUCUGUGGACGCCAAGGUCGCGGGUUGUUGUGCACAACGGAUUUCUGUUGAUACAACACUUCCAAAUGAAACAGAAAGACAUUGGACUAAUCGUAACUGUUUAGUGAUAAUUUUUCGAUUUUUUUGGGGGUUGUACGUGGAAGUUAUGGAUUUUUUUUGGGUUUUCGGAUGAAUUCGAUCUAGUCAUACCGCACGAAGUACCUUCGGAUCAAUUAUAAUCAACCGAUAAACGAAUAGCCGAUUCGUCAUAAAUCAAUCGAAUGACUACACAAUGAUCGUUAAUGCUAUGGCUUCGUAUUCGGCAACAGUUUCGUCAAAUCUACCGAGCGUCGUACAAAAUAUCACCGCCCAAAACAAAAUCAACGUCACCACCAUAGAAAACACGCACCCGAAUUGGACGGAUUUAUUAAUUUUAAUAAUAAAAGGGGGCGUAUUUUUCCUUAUAAUAAUCAGCGCGGUUUUGGGCAACGCCCUAGUCAUAAUAAGCGUCCACAGACAUCGCAAAUUGAGAGUCAUUACCAACUAUUACGUAGUGAGUUUAGCGAUGGCGGAUAUGUUGGUAGCACUGUGCGCUAUGACGUUUAACGCGAGCGUAGAACUAACCAACGGGAAAUGGCUUUUCGGUUACUUCAUGUGCGACGUCUACAACAGUUUAGACGUGUACUUUUCGACGGCUAGUAUAUUGCAUUUAUGUUGCAUAAGCGUCGACAGAUAUUACGCUAUAGUUAGACCGUUGGAAUACCCCAUAACCAUGACCCACAACACCGUAUCUUUCAUGCUGGCCAACGUAUGGGUGUUACCGGCUCUAAUCAGCUUCACGCCCAUAUUCCUCGGCUGGUACACCACCGACGAACAUCAACAUUUCAGAAUGAACCAUCCGGACGUUUGCAAUUUCAUCACCAACAAAUAUUACGCUGUCAUAAGUAGUUCCAUUAGUUUUUGGAUACCGGGUAUAGUUAUGGUUACCAUGUAUUGCAGGAUAUAUAAAGAGGCCGUUCGGCAAAGGAAGGCUCUCACUAGGACUUCGUCGAAUAUCAUUUUGAAUUCGAUUCAUCAGCAUAGAACGUCGUAUCGAGAUCGAUUCGGCGAUCAUUAUCUUCAUCCUUCCGAUGGGGAAUUGACGACCAUCGGUCAGAUUAACGGAAGGAGGAGCACCAGUUCCGGUUCGGCUGGAUCUUACGGUACCACAAUCACGGAAUUUAACACCGCGAUCAAUUCGAGAGACAGUAAAGCGGCUACCGAAUUGAACGUGAACGGAACGAGUAUCAAACAACAAGCAAAAAGUUGGAGAGCCGAGCAUAAAGCAGCGAGAACUCUUGGUAUUAUCAUGGGGGCUUUUUUAUUUUGUUGGCUUCCUUUUUUUCUAUGGUACGUAAUAACGAAUUUAUGCGGGGAAUCGUGUCCGACGCCCGAAUGGUUGGUAGGACUUCUCUUCUGGGUGGGGUAUUUCAAUUCGGCCCUCAAUCCCCUGAUCUACGCCUAUUUCAACAGGGAUUUCCGGGAAGCUUUCAUGGAUACGCUUCUUUGCGUCAUGCCUUGUUGUUUCACCUGCUGGAAAACACCUGCAAGAUUCCUUUAGCCGCGGGAUACUUCGCCCGGUUAUUAUCAAGACGAAAGGCUGUGAUAUUGAUGUUUUUUUUUUUUUGGUUUUGUUCCCGUGAGUAUUCGGAUUCCUAUUUGAUUCGUCUAACUUGUGUAGCGACCCUCGUAUAUUAUUGUGUUUAUUUCAGGUUGUUAAUCGAUGCUUCUGAUGUAUAAAUUCCUUCGGAAUUUCACGAUUACAUUGAAAAGAAAAAACGAAAUCUGUACUUAAUUUUGUAUAAUUUGUUUAAUUAAAUCUUACUUGGACGAUUUUAAUAUCAAUUUUAUCGUUUUUUUAGGAAAAUUCUACGACGUGAUUGUUUCUCAUUUUGUUCUUUCCACUUUCCAACAUACUUUUCGCGUUAUCUUAUUUUGGUAAUCCUCAAAAGAUUCACAUAAAGUCUGGAUAUACUUUAUAGUCGAUUUCGUAUUUCAGACCAGAAUUCCAUCAACAUUUCGUAAGUACCCCGUAACUUUUUUGUAGUUUGGUAUUUUCCACGAUUUUCCACCGUAACUCGAGACUAAUUUUUCAAUGGAAAACCUACCGGAAAUUGUUAUCAGUUAUCAGCAACUUCCUGAUAUGUUUUAAACCCGGAUUUUUCCGCAUCCAAAUUUUUUUUUCAUUUCCCAGCUAGGUCCGAAUUAUUUUGUACCAAAACUGUACUUUAUACGAUGUGUACCAUUUAAUUGUUUGAAAAUACUGAAAGCAAUAAUCUUGAGACUCAUUUUUUGCUUAAACCGAAGUGUUAACGAAGAACCACAAACUUAUUUUGUUUCGAAAAUGAUCGACGUGCCAAAUUAUCGAUUAUCGUUAUUUAAAAAGAAAAACCACCCUCAAAAAUCAUCAACAAAUGUAUUUUAAUAUAAUUUUGAUUUGUAAAUCGCGAUUUUAAUCAAUUAAUGACACGAUUAAUCGCAAAUACACAAAAUUUUCAAACAUUUAACGUAAUCAAUUUAUAAUUAACAUUUUGUAUCAUAUUUUCACCCCAGUUUGUUUUAUAUAAACUAGGAGAUCGAUUUUGGGUUUUGUGAUAUGGAAAUUAUUUUUUUUAACUCACCCCCCAAAUAGUUUGUGAUUCGUCGAAAAAUAAAUGUUAGUAACUACAUAUAUACUGUGAUAAUAAUUUGUGUAGUUUCAUUGUGUAAAAAUUCGUGUUUACCCCAAAGGGUGGAUUGUUAAAUGUGUGAUAAUUCGUAUUUUUCAAUCUACUUCACAAAUAAUUCGUGUUUUAUAAUUAAUUUUUUUAUUAAACGAUCAUACAAAAAGAAAUUCAAAAUUUACUAAACUCUCGGUUUUUCCAACGCUGAAAUUUCUCUGUGGAUCUAACUAAUGUCGAAACAGUAGUACCUGGCCUAAACUAGAGAUGGCGGUAGCUGUUUACUAUGCGUGUGACACCCAUCGAUAUUAUUUGUUGCUUUUGUAAACAUACUUUUAUUUAAAAGUCUAAACAAUACAAAAACUGAACUAAAUUCUACUUCGAGUGAAAUUAAUCCUUCGGUAUCAACAGUAAUUUAUUCGGUAGCAAAGUUUAAACGAGACUGUACGAUCUAGGGAGUCCAACAACGCAGUCAUUAAUCAAAUGAAGUUAUUACUCCAAAAAUGUUGAAGAAAAUCCAUUGGAUGGUCUUAAAAUGUUUUAUAAUCACGAAGAUACUCCCUAAACUAUCUAGCUUGACAUAAAGACCGUGGUAGCUACCAUCUGUACGUGUUUUUCUAAUUUGAAGUCUCAAAGUUGUUAAAUAUUUGCUUGGCAGAUUUAUUUGAAAGGUUUCAGUCUAACUAAUACGAAAACUGUACUAGAUUCAACGGUAAAAUGUCGGGUAGGAGCGUUUAAACGAGACUGUACGAUCUACGGAGUCCAACAACACCGAUUUCAAAGGAGACAAACACUUCCAUCUGUAGGAAAGGUCAUGGCGUCGGUUUGUUUGGGAAAUAUUAACCAUUAGGAAGUACUUCGACAGUUUCCAGAAUAUUCUGGUUCAGAUAUCACAAUAAACGAAUGUUUCUCUCUAUUAAAACGAUUAAUGCGUUUCCCCCUUCAUGGACGACAGUCCAAAUAAAAUUUUUAGUGUAGAUCACCAAUAGAAAAAUGAUUAUUACUAAUUUUGAUUCAUUUAUAAAUGAUUGAUUCAAGUUUUGAUCAGUUCAAUGUUUCUAAACGUGAUCUCCACUGUUUAUUUAUCACACUGUAUUAUAAAAACAUACUGCGUCGUCAAUAAACAAGAAGAUAAUUAUUAAUAAAUGAACUUUUCAUGAAAUUAUUACCUGGUAAAAGUUUAAAUUAAAAAAUACGAGUUUUCAUAUGGGAAAAUAUUACUUUUGAGACACCCCCUGUAUUUUUAUUUCGAGAUGGUUUCGACGAACGAAAAUUUAAAUUUCAAAACAUCUGAUAUGCCUUGGAAAUUUUCCAAUAGAUUUAUGGAUAAAUAUCAAAAUGAUUUCUCACUUAUAGGUGCUAGUUAGUAACACAUAGCUCAAUACGGGACAUCCUGUAUAUUAAAUGUACAAUUUGAAACGUCUAGUAUGUCUGUUGUUGUUAAAAUUUUGUUUGUUAUCGUUAAUUAUUUCAAUUUUAUGCCGAAAAUUAGUUUAUUUACGACUACAAUCGGUUUUUUCCGAAUUGAAAUCGUAAAAAUAUUAAAUAAUUGACAUUUUUUACAUUAAAAUGGAAAAUGUUUGAUAAAUAUUAUCAGAAAUAGAUUUAUUAAACCGCUAAAGUCGAUUUUUUCAUAACUUUUCAUCUUUAAAAAUAUUGAAAUUGAUGUGGCAACUUCUAGGUUAUAAACGGUGACGUCAUUAUACACUCAAUCAGCUGAUUGCUUGCUGUUUAGAUGUAGAAGCGAUGUUGCCACGUUUUACGCUUGUAGGAACUUGUUUUUUGUUCCAAAAUAUACAAAAAAAUCGUUACAAUAGUGGUUUAAUAAAAAUUGUCCGCCAAAAAUUUUUUUGUCGAAUUGUUAAAAAAAUUGUUGGUAAUUCUAAGUAAAUGUGAAAAUAUCUGUUUUUCUAAAAAAUAUUAGAGGAAAAUAUUAAGGUAAAAGACAAUCGUGUAGGCCUAUCCGUAAACCAUAGCAAAAUAUAUGAAAAAAUUUCAAUAAAAAUGAUUUUAUUACUUUAAUCAACUUCCAGUUGAAUCACUAACAUUGUCGAAUGAAUAAUAAAUAUUUGUUUGUUGA